UUCCAUGAUAGUCGGACCAAAAGAAGCAGCCAUGAUUGCAAAUUGGAUAGAUCCUAUGGAAGGAAAUUAUGUUAAUGGCAGAAUUCAAUUUGGUAAUAUAAAAUUUCAUCUAUUAUACAGAGCAAGUAAAUCCUCACAUUCUUUUGAAUGUUUUCACAAUAAAUGUGAUGGCAAAGGACCAAAGAUUGUUUUAUUUAAAACAACGUCAAAUAUUAGAGAAAUAAUAGGAGGUUAUAAUCCAAUUGGAUGGAGCAGUGAAGAUAAAUAUAUAGAAACAGAGGAUAGCUUCAUUUUUAGCUUUGAUGAUCUUCUUGAUGCUGAUAGAACAACGGUAGCUAGAGUUAGUAGGGUUAAAGCAGAAUGUAAGGAAUUCGCGAUCUAUGACGGCGUAAAAUUCGGACCAAGUUUUGGUAAAGGUGAUUUAGAAUUUUCUUGCAUAGAAAAUCCAAAAGAAGGAUUUUGUAGGCAACAUUGUUAUGAUACUCAGAUAAGAUUCACAAAGGAUAGAUUCUUGAUAGAAGAAAUGGAAGUAUUUAGAGUCAUUAAAUCAAGAAAAGUUGAUUAA